AUGAUUUCCUUAACGGACUCGCAAAAAAUCGGAAUGGGAUUAACAGGCUUCGGCGUGUUCUUCCUAUUCUUUGGGAUGAUCCUGUUCUUUGACAAAGCACUCCUGGCGAUUGGAAAUAUCCUGUUUGUUGCUGGACUUGCCUUUGUCAUUGGGCUGGAGAGGACGUUCCGCUUUUUUUUCCAAAAGCACAAAAUGAAAGCUACAAGUUUCUUCUUAGGAGGCGUGUUUGUGGUACUAAUUGGCUGGCCCAUCAUUGGCGUUGUGCUGGAAGUGUAUGGCUUUUUCCUCUUGUUCAGAGGCUUCUUCCCAGUUGUAAUCGGCUUCAUAAGAAGGAUACCAGUCCUCGGCUCCAUCUUAAACCUGCCCUUCAUCAGUUCCUAUGUGGACAAAGCGUGCGAGAGCAACACCAUGGUAUAA